AGGCUCGCGGGCCCCAGGGUCAGUGGGUUGUGUGGGCCAGCCUAAGAGCCCGACCCUGCUCAUAAUGCCAUCUCUGUGCACAAACUCCAGCCUGUGCCCAGCAGCCCCUGAGAACCACGUCUGCUCUGAGCUGGGUACUGCCUGUUCAGAACAGACGCCGGUUCCCAGACGCUGCCAGCUGGCCCCGUUCCUCUGGAUUCCUGCCUUCUGCGGCAAGGGAGCCCAGGGACGCUGCAGUGAAAGGAGCAGGUGGCACUCGCUUGCCCGUGGGCAGGAGCUGUGCAGAGGAAAUGGUGCUGGGACCCCUGGAGGCUGGCACGGUGCGCCGAGGCUGCAUCCUGGGGUGGCUGGAGUCUCUUUGGUGGCAGAGCUUGGAAUCCCAGGCCAGCCGGCUGCUGCCACUGGCAGCGCCCACACCGUGACCCCCAGCUUUGUGCCUGCCGGGGCUCCUGGCAGAGAGGAGGUGGUGCAGGAAGGAGUCGCUUUGGCUGGGACUUGGACACACCUCAGUAGUAAGGGGAUUACAAAUUGGACAGAAAAGGUACCUUCUUGCCCCAGACCAACUAAGCCCUGCUUGCGGUGGAGGGCAGGGGAGCAUGUUACCCUGAGUCACCCGGGCUGCUGUGAUCGGGACCAGGGCAGCAUCUGGGCAGAAGCGGACCAUCCUUUUCAGAGCCAGGCCCUGGAGCCACCCCAGGGACACCUCAGAGGCCUGGGCGCUGCUCUCAUGGCCCGUGUGGUGGGUGGCCAGCUGGGAGCCCCUGCACUGUGAGCUCGGUGCCUUUCAUGCCCACAGAGUCACCAGGAGACCCAGGUGCCCCCGUGGGGAGCAGGAUGGGGAGGCUGGAUCCUCACUCAAAGGUGAGGCCUGGUGCAGUGGGAGCCUUUUCCUCAUCCCCAUCCUCCCUGCAGAUGCUGCCGGUCACUCGAGUCAGGUCAGCUCUGCCACGGUCCUGGGUGCCAUGCCCUAGGUGGCGUGCCAUGGGAGCCUGAGAAGCUUUAGGCGUGCCAGGCCCCUUGC